GAGAGAGAGCAUCCUCUGCGCCCGCCGGACGUUGGUUCAGACUCUCUAAGGAGGCUGCGAUGGAAACAGGAUGAAACUGUCGAGGUGUUUUUCGGAGGAAAGUGCCCCUGGGGUGUCAUUACCUGGCGGCUUUCCGGGGUGUAUCAUUACAGAGACCGUUUAUUUAUGGAAAGAAUUGGAGUGUAUCACAAUUUUCUCGAUGCCGGAGGAUUAUGGACCAUUUCAAUAACGACGGUUGGGAUAACUGCCUGUCUACUCAGUUUUGCUUUUCCGUGCUUUUACCCUUGUUUACCCGAGAUAAAACAUUUUCUGCGCGUACGUGUCAAACAUUUUUUUCUCAAAAUGUUGAAUUCAGCGCUCACUCGACUUGAAGGAUAUUCGUGGCUCGUCGUUUUUCGUUGUUGGACAUGAGGGUGUAAGGUGUACAAACCUGUGGACGGGCGCCCGUUUCGUAGACAGUAUGAUACAAUAUUUUGACAUAACCGUUAUUUUCUGUGUUCCGCUCUAUUGCGCAUGCCUAGUGGUAGAUAUAGAACGCUGCCCGACGCCACUUCACUCCGUCCUGGCCGUGAUGUAGGAGCAAAAGUGAAGGGAGCGGAGGACUAAAUAAUGCGUUGGCAAAGUGGCAGCGUGGCAACCAAAGGAUUUGACUUUAGAUCCUUCACUAUAUAGAUUGUGUCAUAAACUGAAGAAUGUCAGGGACACCAAAUGCAGAGGCUGAAGGAGUAGUCUCCAAAGUACAAGUGAAAAAGGAGAUCAAGACAAUCGUGGAGAAUUUGGAAACCAUCCUGGGAGACCUUAAGGAUGUAGCCAAAGAGCUCAAAGAGGUAAAUGAACAGGAAACACCGCUGCUUAUAAGCACGUUUGAUCUUAGCCUGUUUCUACAUGCUCUUUUAAUGCAAUCAUGUCUGAGGAGACAUGAGAGGCUGACGUCCACCUCACGGGGGCCUGGAAAAGGCUAUGACAGCACACAUACUCCCUCUCUCUUACGCACACACAUACACACACACACUCACUGACGUGCACCUCCCCCUGCCCACUAAUGUAUGUGAUUAUUAUCUCCAACAGGAGAGACAUUUGGCACAGGAGGUUGUGGGGUGUGAAAUGACAGGACAGCCUCUUCACCCUGACUCAUACAGGCUUCAAUGAAAGUGAGAAAAAUGUAAUCACAAUUAAUAUUUCAUGGACAAGUUGGUUCAUCCAGGAAGGCACUUUUGCAUCGCAUUUCAUCAUCUUAAUGCUGACUUUUGUUUGCUGCGAAUUAAUAGAACAGUUGUCUCUCCUUUUCACUUUUCAUCUCUCUCAAUCUGUGGUGGUGGCUCUCUCUUUAUCUACACCGCUCUUUGUCUUUCACCACAUGUCAGUAUUUAUCACAGCCAAUCAUCUCCAUCCUCUCUUUAUCUCUUGUUGUCUGCUGGCUUUCCCUCAUCUCGCCACAGAAUUCUUCGGAUCAAAACUCUCAGAGCUGUCAGAUUCAGAUCUCAGUGAUGCUGAGACUGGAGUGUUGAAUGGGAAUCCGAGGGAUCACUGAGGGAUUCUGGGAUUAUAUGAAGAUACUUCGUGUUUUUUUUUUUUUUUUUAUUUACAGCAAGUUUUUUCUUCUGUUCAAUUCAGAUUCAUCCACAUGUAGUGGGGCUUGCUUCCAAUCACUGUUUCCUGCACUGCCAAUCACUGAGCCCCAUGCUGCCACUUCAGCUGUAUAACCUGCAGUCUUUCCCGUUUUGAUGUUUACAUUCCUCCAGCAGCCACACACCAGGCAUUUGGCCUCCUGUUCUCCGCGUCUCACCCAAACAUGACAGGCUGUCAGUCUAAUAAGACCCUAUUGCUUACAGCUUCUGGUUCCUACAUUAUGGAUGGUUCGUCGACACAGCAUCUGUCUCCUUCUGCUUCUCUGCUUUCCUAUCUCUGAUUUUUCUGAACUUGCUUUGAAUAAGACAUUUUUGUGUUUUUCAGCCAUUUACAGUGUCUUGUAGGGAACACCAAAGAUAAAUGAAAACAUGAAGGAUGUGUAAUCUGUCUAUUGCAAUUUUAUAUGAUGUGCCCCCUCUUUUUCUCAGGAAGUUGUGAUGUGGAUCUCUUUUUUCUCACGCUACACACACAAAACACAUACCUUGUGGGGAUGCUACUAUCAAAGCCAGUGUUUGGGGUAUAAUCCCUUUGAAAUGCAUUUAUCUGUUAUAACUCACAGACAGGGCUGGAACCCUGCCUGGCUGUGAGGAGUGACCCUGCCCAGAUGCUUGGCACAAACACUGUCGCUGCCUGGCCUACAGCAGAGACUGCACACUGGGACCGUACUGAUAUUACCUCUCGUGUGUGUGUGUGUGUGUGUGUGUGUGUGUGUGUGUGUGUGUGUGUGUGUGUGUGUGUGUGUGCGUGUGUGUGUGGCAAAUUAUCCAUUUAAAGACAGAGAGUUAAGCUCCAUUGCAUUCCCCACCAUUGACUUUUAUCUUGUGCUUUAUCUCCUUCUCCCAGUCACUCUUUUUCUGUCUAUUUCUCACCACUCGACUCUUCUCAUUUCUUCCUCAUUCUCCAGCCACUGUACAGACAUGCAUUUCAAACACUUGAAUCAUAGCAGUGGUGUUUUAAAUCGGGUCAAUGUACUAGAUACUCAGAAAAAAAGGCAUUACUGAUUCAGGAAGUGAACAUAAGAACAUUGUCAUGUCAUGAUUAUUUUAUGGCGGCUGUAAAGAGACAUACAUCAACUUAUUUCUUGUGACUUUUUCUCACAGUUAUUCCAACCAUUUUUUCAGCACUGACAAAACAAACUAAGGCGUGCUCAGAUCACCUUAUAUUGGACAUUCUUUGGGAUCACUGAGUGCUGGAUCCUCUGUAGUUAGGCAGCCAGUAAUAAAAUGUCCAACUGCACUUCAGUUCUGGGCAUGGAGGCAAUAAAAACUCCACCCGGGAAAGCAACUCUUCUCUAAGGGGAAUGUUUUUGGAUACGCUUCUAAAAAUGGCUUUAGUGCAUGGACAAUUUAUCAGUUAUUAUUUCCCUACAGAGUUUAGUCAGAUCCAUGUCUGUUGUGUUUGUAAAACUCACUUUAUGAAAUUGAAUCUCCUCAUACUAGUAUCCGCUAAAAGAUACAGUUUGCACCAACUUUUAUUUUUGCAUGUGACAUUUAAGCUCUUUGAUGUACAGCUCUGCAGACUUGAAUGUGUGGUUAGGUUAUAAUAUCUAUGCUAGGGUUAGUAUGCGCACUGAUGCAUCCUAUCCUGACAGAAGGUGCUCCCCACUAGGUUUUUACCCACUGUUAGAGUGUGUGCAACAGUACAGUAGGUACUCUUUGUACUGUCUCAGCUGCUGCUGCUGCUGUCUCCUUUCAACUAUUUCCAGUCUUGCUUAUUACGUUUAGAGUGGCAACAAACCAAAUUCCUGCUCCAAAAGUUCUUUAAUAUCUGCCUUUGCAAGCUGUGAAAACAAAUUUCCUCUUGGAUGAUGAGGGAAAUAUCUUUGGAUCUACAUAUCUCCUGUUUACACACAGCACCCUUAGACAAAAUCUCCUAAUCAAUUCCACUGCACCGUACAGAGUUUUUCUGUCUUUUCCUCUUUAUUACACUUUUUGUUAUUAUUCAUUUUAUCAUCUGCAGUAUGCUUUAUUCACAAAAUGACCUCUUGGUUCAAGUUUGCAGAUGUAUUCAAAUAUUAAGCUUGUUCUUUGUUUGGGUUGUUGCUUCCACCAAAAUAUUCAUUUUGCUAUGUCACAGUGCAUUUCUUAUGUUUUGUCUCCUUUUCCUCACUGGCACUCUGAGAAAGUUAUUGCACCACUGCAGCUGAAUUUGUUUUCUCUUUUAUAAUAUGUUGUUUGCAGAGUUGAUUUCUGGUUUUGGUUUUUCUAGUCUUCUGCUCCAUUUGAAGAUUUUCUCCUCCCUUUUCUGGCAAACCAACGUUUCAUUUUUUAUUUAUUUUUUUUUGCUGUUCAUUCGUGUCAUGAUGAAUUAUUUCCUUCUUUGUUGUUUAGAACCAUGACUCUUCGUAGAAACCUUUGCUCUCUUAGCAUUUAUUCCAGUGUCUUGUGAAUCACCCUCUGAUUGUUGAGUUGUACUUGACUUUUGCCAUAUUUUAUAUAUUCCUCUUAAUCUCUGACUGUCUUACUUUUAGCAGAACAUUGCAAAACCUGUGUUUCAAUUGCAACCUUUAUUUUUUCAUAAUCUGCCUUCUUUUCUGUUUGUUAAACCCUUGUGUUUCUCUUCAUUAGCUGCCCUCUUUUCUUAGAUGCAGAGGGUGUGUUGUUCAUCAUUUUCCGACUUGAGUUCUGUAUUAUCAGAGAAAGUACAAAGUUAUAGGAUAUGGUUGGAUUCCCUUCUUGUAGCAUAUCACUUAAAUCAAAGUCUGGCUGACUCAUGGGUGUCUGGCAGGCUCAUGGGUGGUCCCAUAAAUAUUUUGGCGAUAUUUCUUUCCCCUGGUCUGGCUGUCUCCCUUAACCUUAAACGUCUCUUAAAUUAAGUUUCAUUAAGUUAAGUCCUCAGUUCCUCCAGUAUGAACUUAAUGUAACAAAGACUGCUCUGUCAUAAAAAGUCUUUUUUCCAAAACAUUUCGCCUUCCACCUUUCAAUCCAGGUCAUCAGCCCCUGUGGAGUCACCUGCUGCUGUAUUGACUUCAAUGCUCUUAUUUCUUUCCUUCAGACUAUUCCUGUCCUCUUUUGUCACAGUGACAUUUCUUCAUCUCAUCUUUAGGUUGUUCAUGACAUCGACACCCUGACUGGUGACCUGCAACUAGAGGAAGACGGACUGACUGAUAGCUCCAAAACGGACACGCUCAACUCCAGCUCGAGCUCCACCACCACCACCACCACCGCAUCCAGCCUGGAGAAGAUGAAGCUCUUCCCUGAUGACUGCAUCUUCAAACCACCUGCAACCAUUGCCCCCGCCCCUGUCCACCCUCCUAUGGUCUUGACUGUACUCAAGAAACCCCACCCUCCCCUACCGCCACCCAGACUCACCCCGCUGAGGGGUGAGGAACACAACACCAAGAAUCUGCCUCAUCCGACGUUAGUGUUAUCAGGGAAUAUCUCCAAGGCUGCCGGAUCAGCAAUGAGGAAUGGCAGUGUUUUUCCUUUGAAACCAAACAGGGAUCUAUUCUCCUCUACACCUUGUUUCAUUUCUAAUGACGGAAUUCCUGAGACGGGGCUUGUUCCUACAUUACCUAGACCCAUGCCUCUUCUCCGCCAUGAAAAGAACAAAUGUCCAAAGGCCCCAGGCAGAGAGUCUCGUGAAAGAGAGCGUGUGCGAUUUAGUGAAAAGGUCCAGUAUCACGGCUACUGCCCAGACUGUGACCUCCAAUAUGAUGUGGAUGACACGGAACUUCACAUACAGGCCGAGCUGAACGACUUGAGACUCAGUCCAGUGCAUUGCUGCUCUUCCUCUCCCCCUCCUCUCCCUCCUCAUGCUCUUCCUCAUGAACUGAUGUUGGAAAACGGUGGGCUCCCAAUGAGCCACAGUUUCCCGCCAACGACGAACACUCCUCCACCUUGUGUGCCUCCUCACCCGCCGUCCCUAAAACCCCAGAAAACAAUCCUGCGCAAAUCGACAACUACUACGGUGUGACGUCACACCACUUGUUAAGUCUCACUUAAACAUUCUUGAAUCAUUCAUAGUGUUUUCUACUUUAUGAGCGCUUUCUACUCCAGGUGAACUUUGGAUUAGCCAAUCAGAGAGAGGAGAUUUUAGGAAAAAGGAAACAAAAGGAUGGAUACGCUGAGUGGAAUGGAGAAAAAGCCAUCAUCAUGGGCACUGAGAUGUGCACUGGGAGAUCUGGAAGAAGCGGUGAGUGUCUGUGCAUUUUUGAGUGUUUGUCAGAAAACAAAACAACUGCUUAUGUCUGAAUAAAAGUAAGUUGAUGUCCUGGGUCUACACAUGUGUUUAUAUUUGUAGGAGCAUGAGUAGGCAUUUGUGUUCAGCGUUAUGUUUGUAGGCAGUGAGCCUCGGCGGAAAAAUGUUUAGGGACUAAGAAAACUUCCAGAGACACUGCUGACAACACUUUAACUAAAUUGUAUGUGCCUGCCUAGUAGCUCUAACGAGUUUCAAAUUUAGGAAGUCCUUUCAGAGUAGGCUCUAAUUUAUUCAUGUCCUUCUGGAUGAAACAAGAAAACCCGUUUCCCUCAGAUUUCAUCUAAAGCCCUAAAGAUCUUCCUAUAAACCUACAUCCAACCCUGCACCACUCACACAUAGACAUGAUUCAAAUGACUGCGGACAGGCUUACAUCUAUAUCUUGCUGAGAUGAACAAUUAGGGCUAAGGAACUGUCAAGAAGCCUCAUACCUUCAUUGCCUUCAUCAGCUCUUGUCUCUACCAGUCCUGUUUUGCUGAUGUGUGAAGGAACAAGAAUGGAAAAUGAGAGGAAAGUGGCACAGAGGGUAAAGGGAAUGAAAGAGAGAGAGAGAGAGAGAGAGAGAGAGAGAGAGAAGUCUGGUGGGGAAAAAACACCAUCCUGACAGGAGCUAACUUAUCAGCAAGCUGUCAUUGAAAGAUUUUGUUCGUCGUUCUCAUAUCGUGUUGAGCAACUCAUUUCCGAUUCCUAGAUUUCCCUGACUGCUAUAUAAAAGGGACUAAAUGGACGGGAAGUUCAUCAAUUAGGCUCAUGAGUGGAGAGGAUUGCGAUGAAAAAUAUUGGCCCUCGUGUCCUUAAGAGAGCAAUAAAUCAGAGAAAUAUCAUACAUCUCAGUCCGUAUGGGCAGUCUCCCUGCUAUUAGUUCUUAUUAAGAAGCAUAUUUAAUAAGGCCUGUGAGUCUUGUGUGUGUGUGUGUAUGUGUGCUGUAAGUUCGAUAUCCUUCAGAUCCACUCAUGAUAUCCUUCAGAUAUCGAACUGUGCUCAGCUGUGCACAUGUCUGUGUGCGUGCAAAGGUGUGUGUAAAAGCACAUGUCAGUUCAGCAGACUUGGGGAGACAGCAUACCCUGGAGUCAGAUGAGAAUAGUAGCACCUUCCUCCCAGCUAUGCCCUUAAUUAGCUGGAUUAGACUACCAGAGAUAACAGGACUGCUUCAGAUAGCCUUUGUACCAACAUUAGCUUUGACAAAGCUCUGAGCUGCUGCUGCACAUAUUUUUUUAUGAUAAUAGACAUAGAAAGGGAGCAGAGAAAGAGCAAAGUGAAGGUGAAAAAAAAGAAGGAAAGCGAGAAACGGAGGGACUAGUGUGGUACACGUAGAACAUAUUUAUAAUUUGUGUGUGUUUGGCAUUGUUGGGAUGAGAAGCUUAGGGGUUCAGGCUGAGAAAAUGAGGGUAUAAAAUAGCACUCACUGAUGACUAAAUCCAUUGCACGACCCCGCUGGCCUUAUACAUCUAAAAUCGGCGUCUGGAUUAGGGAUCAGCGGAUAUCCAGCCAUGAGAAAAAUGAGAACGAGUGAGAGAGUUGGGUGCACAGAGGGAGAGAGAGGGGGACAAGAGGGUGAUGGGGGAAGGCACAGAGGGAGAGGGAGGAACUGUAAUGCAGUGGAGGCUGACGCUGGUUUUUGUGUUUGUGGCUUCUUAAGGCUGCAUAGUGAAGCAUGUUUGUCCUCUAGAUGAUUGCUUUGGGUGUAGAAUGUUUCCUGUAUUUACUCUGUAUUAAUGGACCUUAAUGAGUCUGGCAGCACACACAGUAACACAUACACAGAGAGACGCACAAUGAGGCUGAGCAGAGCCGUGUGCUACAGAAUGGAGUGCAGCCAGUAUCAUCAAUAGACGCAGCUCAUGAGAGCUUUUGCUGCCGUGUAUUAUCCAAGGAACGGAGGGAAUUGUCACAGUGGACCUUGAAUCAUAUGAUGAAGGGACCAAAUUGGAAAGUAAAGGCAUCUCGAGUUUCAAUGCAUGGACUUGUUUUUCAUUUUGAAGCCUUGCAAGGUAAAAAAAUAAAAUAAAAUUAUAUAUAUAUAUAUAUAUAUAUAUAUAUAUAUAUAUAUUAUUUUUUAUUAUAUAUAUAUAUAUAUAUAUAUAUAUAUAUAUAUAUAUAUAUAUAAAACCCAGCGUUUUUGUCCAUACAUAUCAAUAUUUGUGUUCUCUUUUAAACCUCUUUCAAGGGUCUUGCAUCUACACUUUGAGUUUGUAAUCACUCCCCACUAGGCCUUUCCCCUGCUUUUAGAUUUGCUGUCUGCAAGAAAGUUUGUUUACCAGUCAUGCUAUAUCUAUAUCUCAAAGCUGAGCCACACAGUUGUUUUAAAAAAGUUUGAUAAUUGUUGGUAUUUGUUCAACUUCAGGGCAGUGUAGUACCUGAUCUAAUUUCCCUACACGCUCUAAAAGGUUGUCUUUUAUUAAGAUUUGUGAUCAUAGUGCCUUCUGAGGUAUUGUCUUAUUUUUUUUAUUUUCUCUAAUACAAUGCCUGCGUUCAAGCAACAGAGCCAAACAAAUCUUUUUUGGAACCUUUUGCAGGGGAAGGCAGUGUUGGAACAAACAGCUUUUUUAAUUUACAAUACAUGCCAGAGUUUUCACAUUUAGAAAACCAUCUGAACAGAAUUAGCUGAAUAAGACUUGAGCUGUUAUGAGAAAGUUGUUUUUCAUCAAGAAUGUGAAGUGAAGUUGGCAGAGCAUUAAUGGCGCUUGUACAGGGGUUAUGUCCUCGUCCCAGCAGCCAAAGGUUCGAUUCCAAGCCUUUUCAACAUGUCUUCCCCACUCUCUCCUUGCACAUGUUUCCUGUCUUUCUUCUGCCAUCUCAUUAACUAAAGGCAAAUGCCGAUAAAAGACUUGUCAUGAAAAAAAAUCAGGAAAAUUGCAAAUCUCUUGCAGUCAUGCACUACAUUUUUCAUAUUUUGAUGACACAUUUGGGAGAGUUCUGAAAAUGUAUUGCAUUUUCAGCCCUAGUGGUGGUGGGUAUUUUUGCGCUCAAAACAAUAAAUGUCAAGUCAUAUCCUGUCUUAUCUUACUUAACCUUACAUAUUAAGGUCGAAUAAGUUUAAACUAUUUAUCAGGCAUCUCAAAUGUGUGAAGAGGGUGACUAGACAAAAAAAAAAAUCCAAUAUGCAUGCUUGGCAGAACUGGCACCCACAAUGAGAAAUGAGAGAAACAUUUUUGACAUUUGCACUAGCUGACAAGAUUACAUUGCAAUAAUGUGCCCCCUAUAAUGUGAGUGCAUGGUCCAUUGUUUGUUAAAUCCAUGACUUGUAAUCGGAUUGUUCCUCUAACACAGAGACCAGUGCUGCUUUGACCACAGGGUGUAGGAGUCCUCCUCUGUUUUGGUAAUGGCUAUCUGAGCUCCAGUGCUCCGGGCUGCAGGAUAAAGUUGUAAUGGGCAGGGAGGAGGUGGAUCUUCACCGCCUCCAUCAUGAGUCAGGACUGACUCAACUGUACUGACCUACUCCCUACAGCUCAUAGCUCUAGUUCAUAGCCCACCUCUCUCUUUCUUUCCUUUUCUUCCUCUUUUUUUUGUCUCUUUCUCACUCUGUAUUCAUGUCUUUUUUCCCCCCUCCCCUUGCAUGAUGCUUAACUCCCACUCUGCAGCAGCUGUAUGCAUAACAACCUCUGCAUGCACAUGUAUCUUUAUGCAUAUGUGGGUGGAUUAUCUAUUAAUAAAACAUAUCUGACACUUCGUACACUAAAUACCUUCGGCAACAUCUCUAUUUGUAUGUUUCAUCAAUCACUGAGUCGUUUCUUGCAGAUCUUCAGCAUCCAUCACUUCUCACCUUUGAAUCACAAACAACCCUCUCGGGAGAAAAAAAGUCGACUCUGAGUUGUCAUGCACUGGCUAAAUAAAUGAUUGUGAACAGCUCCUAUAUUUUGAGCUUUUGUGUUUACAUUUUAAUUGACGUCACAGAUGCAUCACCUCAUUUCAUCGGGUUAAUAAGGAAACCUGCUGCUUCCAUAAUUAAUCGCAAACCUCUCCGAGCUGCAUGCUUUGACUGAUUGAUAGUUUGCAAAUGUAAACCUGUUACUCUGAUUUGUUGUCUCGUCUUAUUAUAACACAAUAGCCAUGUGUGUGCUUAUAGUGCUUCUACUGACUGUACUGUCUUAAUCCCAUUUUCCAACCUGGCAAGUGCGCAGUGUGCAAUAAAACCUGAUAAAUGUGUCAGAGUGAGACACACAUUUUGCCAGUGAAUAUUAAUUAGCUGUUGUUCCUCUGACUGAUUGUUGGUGAUGAUAGGCUGCCAAGAGACACAGUUGUCUAUUUGCUCAUCCCCAUCCUGCAUGCAUCAUUUAUUUGGAUUUCUGUUUCCUUCAAUCCACUAACUUUCAUUGUGAUCAUUGAAAAUUACAAGGUUGCGAGGGUAGCAUUAAACAAAACAAGCCAAAUAGCUGUGGCGUCUCAUGCUAGGGGCAUUAUAUCUGUAAUGGAGAUAUUAUAUGCAAAGUUCAUUAGAAUACAAAGUAGACAUGACCUACAUUCCCAAACAUCAGUGCAUUCAAAAGUAGAUCUGGUGCUCACUGGGCAUGGAUGCUGCCUCAUCUUCUCUAUCUGUGACUCAGACAAAGUCAUGAUGUGGGAAAGUGUGUGGGCAUGUGUGUCUAUGUCCUUGUCACAUUGUGCAUUCAUGCUCACAUGCAUACAUUUUAAUGUAAAAGGGAAACGUGCAUGUGUUUGAGGGUGUAUGAGAGUGGAAGAAGGCAUGCAGCCAUGUGUGUGGGGGAAAAGGUUUAAGAUGGCUCAGUGCAACUUGGAAGGCUUUUGGGGUGAAGCAAACUUAAUCUGAAGAUUUCAUGCUUGUUUGGAGUUUAAAGUUAGAGGCAUCAGCUGCACCUUUCACAUGGAAGGUACACAGCUUCUUGACAACAGGAUUGGAUUUGUACAUUAAGAGCCGUGACGGUCCAGAUGGGGUCCUCUGCUCACUGAGUCACUCCAGACCUGACUAAAAAGAUGACAGCUGUUUAAGGAGGGACACAAGGCUCAGUGAUGUUUUUUUAACCAUAGAGGGCCAGACUACUCUCCUUUAUUAUGACUUGUGUACAAGUGCCUGAGUGUUUGUGCGUGGGCAAUGAAACCUACCUGAUGUAUCUUGACUCUCCUCUCUAAAAAUUGAGUGUAUUUGCUGUCUCAGAUGUUCUUCCUCCAUGCGUACAGAAAUUCAAACUAAUAAUUUUCCUCUUUUUUUCCUGCAGGGCCCAUUGAGAUACGAACGGAUGCUUGUUUCACGUAACUUUCAAUCCUGGUUGAUCAGAGAGGGGGAGACACCAGAGCUGAGACCAAGCAUCAACCUUUUUAUUUUAUUUUUUUUCUACCUAAAGUGUUCAUUACUCUCAGCCAACAGGAGAUGAUCUAUUAAUAUUUUGACUUUUGAGCACUGAACAACCUCAAGGCUGAGUUGUAUGCCAGAGCUUGUUACUGUGAAUCUUGGGAAUGAGGGAGAGCAGCCUUGUGUGUAACAGCAUACAGAAAAUUUAUAGCUAUGGAGGUGAUAUUUUUGUUACAGAAAAAUCAAUGAAUUAAAGAUUAGAAAUCUACUGAAAAGCCUCUCAUCAAAACUCGAGAAGCAAGCUCAGAUGAAGAGGUACAAGAUGGGGUGAAAUGAUGUCAGCCAGGAUUUCAUUGAUGUCUUUUGCUCUGUGCAUACUCAGAUGGAAAUCAAUAGCUCCACUCAACCAAUGGAAUUUGCCUUCUUAAGAAUUGUAAUUGUUUAUGUCUGGAGAGCCCGCCAGCUCUGCCUGGGAGCAACAUGCUGCUCUGCUGGACUGCAGAUAAGGAGAAAAUAAUGCAUUGUGCCAUACACACAAUCAUAGUGUAUUGCUGGAAAGACUAAUGGUUUUCAAAUGAAUGGUCGUGUGGUCACUGAUCUGUGUCCAGACAUUAUCUCCAUUGUCCAUCAAAAUCCUUGUGCUCAACUGGUGACAUGCAAGCUAGAUUUUAUUUUCUCAAUAACAUGCAGAGAUACAGAUCAUACAGUGGCAGAGUGACAGCUCUGAAGGAUCCUCGAAGAAGUAAUAAUUUGCAUCAAAUUUUCUUUGUAUACAAAUACACAUGUACAUGUUUGAUAUCUAUAUAUUUCAGGCAUUUUUCUACAGAAACUUUAACAUUUAAAGAGAUGAUAUUUUUGAUAUUGUGUUGGAUGACUGAGGUAUUUUGAUGAAAGCUGACAUUCCUUAGAAGUACUUUGUUUUCAGCAGGGCAUAUGGAUGAGUUAUUUAUAUGACAGCUAGGGGAUUAUGUUUGUUGGGAUGAAAAACAAGUGCUUAAGUAUUAAUUGCUUAGGUAAAAGUAUGCAGAAUGAGCUGUGGUGCAGGAAAGAAACUGCAAGGGGAAAAAGACGAAAGGCGUAAACCAAAUACCUAGUUGUGCUUUAUCAGACAGGAGGCAUGGGACUAAAUGAAUGCAUGACUGACUCUUCACUUUGUCCUGCCAUCACUGUGUUUUUCUAUGCAUUUCUGUGGAGAGGCUGUCUGUCGGAGGGUCCAGCAUGCUGGUAGCUAUAUUUUCCUCAUAUGAUGUCAGUCAGGUUGUUUCUGGAGCCACUACCAGUCAAUCGCCCUGAGUUUUCUUACAUGACCCAGACCAAUGAAUAAUUGUCAAUAAGCGACAAAAAACAGAGUUUUAAAAAGGCAAUCAGCAAACCUAGAGGCAAAUGAGUAAACAAAGAAAUCAAAUUAAAGGUUGUAGGUGAACACAUUUCCAUACCCCAUUUCUAGAUCAAUAAAUUGUGUGAAACAAACUAAAUGAUUCACAGCCUCCCUCCACACUCAGACAGGAGGCAUGACACUUGUAAACUCCACCUCUUUGUUCUCACUGGACACAGAAACUGAAUUCAUUUUUUAAAAUAUUGAUUGAUCAAGAAUCAGUUUUUAAGAUGACUGGAAUGUCAGUGGUAUUUUGUUGUGUCCACAAACUGUUGGAAAAAUAACUUGUGAGAAGUAAAUACUUUACACCUGA